CUAGAAGUAUUAUAAAAGGAGGGAGAACCCGCCAUUGUAAGAGGGAAGAAAAUGAUUGAUUACACACCCAAUUAAGAAUAUUAUUGCGAGAUUAUAUUUUCCUUAUUCUUAUUCCGUUCUUGGUUCGCCAUCUGAUCGGGUUAAUCCCUUCAUUGGUGCUUUCAUUGAGAGAUACUGUGAGACGAAAUUGUGAGAUUAUGGCCGGACGAAGGACGAGACGUAACACCGCCGCUUCCGCCCAGUCAACGGUGAGGAGCGACCAGCCUGAACAAGGCAUGGUUGUUCUAGUCAAUGGGCUGGAAACGGCGUUGAAUAAUGUGGCUAACAUGAUGGCCAACAUUAUUGAACGCUUAGAUCAGGCUCUCCCUGGCCCAUCUGGUACCCGGAAUGUCCCUGCUGGGCAGCCCCGCCAGGUCCUGCAUACUGCCAGUACUCCCAUCCUCCAGGAGCUUCACGAUCCGGAGGAGGUCGAGAGGGAGAGACAGGCUAUCGCUAGGCUCCAGGCGGAGGAGUUAGCCCGGAAUAAUAGGGCGAAUGGGGAUCGAACCAGGGCCAUGAGUCAAAUCAUAGGCAACGGAAAUGGAAACCCGCGGGGAACAAUUUUUGAAAGGAUAUCUCACCAGAGGGCUCACCAGACCGGCCAGGGUGGGAGCCAAGCGCCAACGCGGCCAUUGGUGGUCUUGGACGAGGAGGAAGUUCAAAGUCAAGCCAGGGUCCCAGCGGCGCGGAGUCUGGGGCCACAAGUUCCGGAAGCUGGUGAGUUCCAGGAUUUGAGACAACAGAUCCAGGAGAUGCAGAGGAAAAUAAACAGGGGACGAGUGUUCACUACCCAGACGAAUACCCCGCUCGCCCCGGAGAUCUUUGCAGAACCAUAUCCUCAGGGAUUCAAAGUGCCGUUUGUCAAGCGUUAUGAUGGGGAAUCGGAUCCCCAAGAACACAUAAAUAGCUAUGUCCAGGUGAAUCACAUUCCGGCCGGAUCGAUCCGGACUUGGGAUGAGUUGGGAUUGCGGUUCCUAGAGCAUUUUGCAGGGAACUGCCGUCCCAAAAAGCAUUUUACCCACUUGGCCUCAGUGCGACAGAAGCACGGGGAGUCCCUGAAGAACUUCCUCGUCAGAUGGAGAAAAGAAUCCAGGGAAGUUGAAGGAACCGACGAUAAAUCCAGGUUAGCCAUGUUCACAGCGGCAUUGCAGGAUGGUCUCCUUCAUACCGAUCUCACAACUCAUCCUCCGGAUACCUUUGAGGAAGCAAUGGUUCGGGCUGGAAGGUAUGUGACCCUGGAGGAGAGGAAGGAGGAGAAGAAAGAGAAGACUCCCAAGGAAGAAGAGAAGGUGGGAAACAAGAAGCCUUUCAAGAACAAGAAGCAGGGCUUCCCGGAUGGCCCGAAGGGCACGAACCCUGGGACCUCGGAGAAGCAGAAAUCUGCUAAUCCAAUGUUUACAUUACCGGUGGCUGAGAAGAGGCACCAUGGGUGUAAUUACAUCAUUGGUGGGAACCUUGGUGGAGAUUCGGCCACAAGUCGGAAAAAGUGGGCUAGUGCGGCGAUGGUCAAUAAGGUGGCGGCCCCUGCCCAACCGGAAGGUAAGAAGCUGGAAACUGAGCCGAUUGUAUUUUCUAAUGCUGAUUUGUCAGAGACGGGGGUCCCCCAUAGGGACGCUUUGGUGAUUACAAUCGAUAUAAUGGACUUGCUGAUCCACAAGACUUUGGUGGAUACGGGAAGUUCCGUUAGCAUCAUGUAUAUGGAUACUUACAAGGCUCUUGGUCUGACGAGAGACGAGUUAUUGCCCAUCAAGACUCCUCUGACUGGGUUCACAGACGACUCUAUUGAACCGGAAGGGGUGAUAACCCUGCCGGUCGAGGUAGGAGAUACUAAGGCCACUCGAAAAUUGGACAUGGAGUUCGUUGUAGUGGGAAUAAUCUCCAACACCAAUGUCAUUCUGGGAAGACCCGGAUUAGAAGAUUUGGAGUGUGUCAUCUCACCUCGUCACCUAUGCAUAAAGUUCCCAACCCCCCAUGGGAUUGGAGUUGCCAGGGGAUCCCAGAGGGUGUCCCGGGCGUGGUAUUUGAAGGCAACUAAACAACCUAUCAGAUACGAUACCCAGGUUGGGGAGGUGACCGCACAGCUCUUAAGAGUCGAAGAAAGACGACCCAGAGUUGAAGUUGCGGGUGACGUAGAGGAGGUGGAACUGGAGCCAGGCAUGCCAGGAAGGUUGGUUAGAAUGGGAAAGGGCCUGGGGGCUGAACUCAGGUCACGAGUAAUCUCUGUUCUUAGGAGAUUCAGGAAGGUCUUUGCAUGGAGUCCAGCUGAUAUGCCGGGUUUGGAUCACAAGAUUGUAGUUCAUCGUCUCAACAUUUUGCAGGAUGCCAAACCGGUGAAGCAGAAGCGGAGGCAUUUGUCGCAGGGAAGGAGAGACUUCGUGAAGAAGGAGGUGACAACCUUGCAGAGCAUUGGGCACAUCCAGGAGACACUCGCCGACUUUCACGUUGAGUGUACGGCCAGGGAGAUGACAAGAGCCCGGGUUGGCACCCGGGUAGAAGAUGACUGGUGGGUGAUGAGCAUCGAAGGAUCUUCCGGGUCCCGAUCCUUUGGAGCAGGUAUCGUCUUGAUUACUCCGGAAAGUUUUCGGAUAUAUUACGCUAUCAGAUUUCAGUUCCGCUUGUCCAACAAUGAAUCCGAAUAUGAGGCCCUAAUUAAUGGACCGAAGAUUCUCGGCAAGCUGGGGGUGUCCAGGGUCCAAGUAUACAGCGACUCCCGCUUGGUUAUGGGACAAAUCAGUGGGGAGUUCGAAGCAAAGGAAAAGAGGAUGAAGAGAUACCGAGACUUGUCCUUGGAAAUGUUGGGAAGAUUCGAGUAUAAGCUAGAGCACAUACCUAGAGCGUACAACGCGGAGGAGUUGGCAACCCCCAGUCUCAACAGGGAUGAAGUGCUCUGGGUGUCAACCGACCCCCCGGAGUGGUUAGCUAGGUUGGUUAGAUACAUUGAGGACGGGGUAGCCUCGGAAGAUCCCCAAGAAGCCCGGUUGUUGCGAAUGAGAGCACACACCUACAAAGUGCAGGAGGGAAUCCUUUAUAAGCGGUCCUAUGACGGUGUUUUACUCCGCUGUCUUAGAGCGGCAGAAGCAGAAGCGCUUAUGGAAGAGAUACAUGAAGGAGUAUGUGCGGCACAUCAGGGCCCAUACUCUAUCUCUAGAAGGGCGAUAAUCCAGGGAUAUUUCUGGCCAACGAUGAGGAAGGAUUGUGAGGAGUAUGUGCGCAAGUGUCCAACUUGUCAACAGUUUCAGAAUAUACCCGAGAGGCCAGUCACAAAUUACACGCCCAUUAGUUCGGUGAUCCCUUUCUCCAGGUGGGGGAUCGAUAUCGUGGGUGCCCUGCCGAAAGGAAUUGGACAUGCAAGGUGGAUAGUGGUGGCCAUAGACUAUUUUACCAAAUGGGUAGAGGGUGAGCCACUUGCUGGGAUCACAGGGAAGCAGAUGAUCGACUUCGUGGGAACCAAUAUACUUUGUAGGUUUGGGGUCCCGAAGCAGAUCAUAUCUGACAACGGAACUCAGUUUGAAGAAGCGGAGUUCCAAGACUUCCUCAAAACCUGAGGAAUUCAGCAUACGAAGGUAUCCGUAGCCUAUCCCUAGGCUAAUGGUCAGGUGGAGAACGUCAACAGAACGAUUAUAAGUGGGAUAAAAAAGAAGUUGCUGUCGG